AUGCAACACCGAAAGGAAAACGGAAAAGACGACCUGACAAAGGUGCAGAGAGAAUGUCUUUUUAGAGGCGAAACAAGGAGUAAACAAUUUGACUUAGCUUAUCAACAUGGAUACCAAAGUUUCAAAGAUCAUUAUGAAAAGGCGAAAAACGAGGGUAAGCUUAAUUAUGAAAGAUUCUCUCGUUAUGACUGUGGGGCUGAACAUAAAUUUCUUUUGGCUGGAUGGUUGGCCGAUGUGGAAAUACCCAAAAAGCGGUUUUAUGACUUUCUGUGCAUUGUUACAACAGACGAUUUCAAGUGGAUGUAA